AAUAAUGUUUGCUAUCACUUGUUUUGUUUCCUCAUGAGAAGGAUUUAUGGAUUUCCAAGCCUGAUGUGAUCUCCCAGGUGGAACAAGGAGAAGAGUCAGGUGCCCUGACUCUCCAAGUCUCCAAGACAAGAGAGAUCUUUAGAGGCAACUGCACUGUAGAUGAUAGGAGCAUCACUGAAGAGGCCACUCCUCAGCAGGAAGAUCCUGAAAAGACAGAAUCACACUGGAAAUUAGCUGGGAGACCAGCAGGGGAUAUUACCCGGAAUCCUGAGUGUGGAAAAAUCUCUGAGAGGCAGGGCAGGUUGGAAAGGAAAGAGGGAAAUUCUGUAGGGAAGAACCAGGGUAAAUCAGUUCACCAUGAAAGAGGUUUGGGGGGACACAAGAGCAUCAUUGCCCAGGGAGAGAGUCCGAAUACAUGUAUAGGAUGUGGGAAAAGCUUCUGUCUGAGAUCAAAUCUUAUUACACACCAGAAACUCCACAUGGGAGAAAAACCUUAUAAAUGUACUGAGUGUGGGAAAAGCUUCCUUCAGAACUCCAAACUUAGUCAGCACCAGGGAAUCCACAUGGGAAGGAAACCCUAUAAAAGUCUGGAAUGCAGAAAAGGCUUCACUCUGAGCUCCACACUCAUUCAUCACCAGAAAAUCCACAGGAGAGAAAGGCCCUACAAAUGCACCGAAUGUGGGAAAAGCUUCAAUAAACACUCAACGUUUGCAUGGCAUCAGAGAAUCCACACCGGAGAGAAACCCUUCAGAUGUUUAGUACAUGGGAAAAGCUUCAGUCGGAGCUCAACGCUCAUUCAGCAGGAGAGAAUCCACAUGGGGAACAAACAACAUAAAUGUGCUGAAUGCGGGAAGAGAUUUAGUCAGAACUCAGAUCUGAUUGUACAUCAGAGAAUCUACACAGGCGAGAAACUCUAUGCUUGUACUGAGUAUUGGAAGAGUUUUAGCUGCAGGUCAAUGCUUAUUAAACAUCAGAGGAUCCACACAGGACAGAGACCCUAUAAGUGCCCUGAAUGUAAGAAAAACUUCUCCUGGAGCUCAGACCUUAUUCAUCACCAGAGGAUCCACAUGGAGAAGAAACCCUAUAAAUGCACUAAGUGUGGGAAAAGCUUCAGUCAGAAAUCACAACUCAUCCAGCACCAGAAAAUGGAUUUCUGGUUCCCAAACCUGAUGUGAUUCCCAGAUGGAAUGAGGGGAAGAGGCAUGCGUCCCAGAUCUCCAGGCCACCAAAAAAAGAGAGGUUCUGAAAGCUACCCAGACAGCAGAUGAUGAGAUCUUCUUGAGUGAAAACAAGGAGGAGAAUUCUCCCCUGAGAAUACACAAGACAGAGACACUGAAUAUGUGUACUGACCUUAUUAAACAUCAGAGAUCGCAAAUGGGAGAGAGGCCAUAUAGGUGUUCUGACUGUGAGAAGAGUUUUAGUCGGAAAUCAGAUCUUACUCGACAUCAACGAAUCCACACAGGAGAGAAACCCUAUACAUGUGCUCAGUGUGGAAAAAGCUUCAGCCAGAAUUCAUUGUUCACUCGGCACCAGAAAACCCACAGGGAAGUGAAACCCUAUGCCAGACUGAGUGCACCCACUGAUUCCUGUGGAAGACACAUUAAUAAUGCAUGAGAGAUGGGACAGAAAUCAAUGAUAGCUGCACUUUAUGGGGGCACAUGGACAAUGUGUGGCACUGCCAAAAAUAAACAGAUUAAAAACUACAUCAUGUGAGGGAAGUGGGGCGGCAGUGAUUAGGAGAGGGAACAUGUGCUAAGUUGAUUGAUUCUUUGUAGAUCGUUUUCUUGGCAAAAUCCUCCCCCAGGAGGAGUGUGUGUUGUGAGAAUGGAACACCUGGAAUUGAUGAGAAACAGAUGGGAGGUAUAAACCAGAAGGUGAGGGAGCUAGAUGCUCAGCACAGUGCGCUGAAAGGAGCAGUCAUUGUAGAGAUCAGGGAAUGGGUGUGUAGAGCCAGAAGGAGAUCCUGGGGGAUCAAAUAUUUAGGGAUCAUUGGGGUUGUAACAGUCUUGGGGUUCAUUAAAUAACAAACCAGUGAAUAAGG